GCUGUCUUGUGAUCUGGUAGAUGCAGGUGACCGGCGGGGCAGUGUUGUGCUGGGUACCAGGACGGUGAUGGCUCUGCGGCUUCUUCCCGUCUUCUGCCUCGUCCUCCUCUCCCGGGGGGGCUGCGGUUACCCGCCCGUGCAGUUCACGGAAGAGGGAGAUGUGCUGGACCCCGGCGCUCUGUUGCUGGCGGCACAGGAGGGGUCCCCGUACGGCUCGCUGUGGCCGUUACCGCAGGCGGUGGAGCUGUCCCCCAAUGUCUCCUACCUCCCCCCGGCUGAGUUUCAGAUUGUGCACGGUGCAGGCUCCACCGCGGGGCCGGGGUGUUUCGUGCUGCAGGACGCCUUCCGGAGAUAUUAUGAAUAUAUCUUUGGAUACUCUCCAUGGAAGAACAGUGGUGUAAAGGAUGUAGGUCCAUCAUCUGGGAGGUUGGUCCAGCUUCAGGUUAUUCUUACUGCUGAAGAUAAUGAAUGUUCUAUGCAUCCCCACAUCAAAUCAGACGAGUCUUACAAACUCGUAAUUGAUGAGGAUGGAGCUGUGUUACAGGCCAGUCAGGUCUGGGGUGCCCUACGAGGUCUGGAGACCUUCAGCCAACUAGUCUAUGAAAAUGCUGCUGGGCUGUUCCUUGUAAACUAUAGCCGAAUUGCUGAUGCUCCAAGAUUUGCACACAGAGGAGUCUUGCUGGAUACAUCCAGGCAUUACCUGCCAUUAAAAACUAUUUUGCUGAACUUGGAUGCAAUGGCCUUUAACAAGAUGAAUGUUUUUCAUUGGCAUAUAGUAGAUGAUCAGUCCUUUCCCUACCAGAGCAUAGCUUUUCCAGAACUAAGUAACAAGGGAGCUUACCAUCCGUUGACACAUAUUUACACUCCCACUGAUGUUAACCUGGUGAUUGAAUAUGCCCGCUUCAGAGGCAUUAGAGUCGUACCAGAGUUUGACACUCCAGGACAUGCGGAUUCAUGGGGUAAAGGGCAGAAAGAUCUUUUGACACCAUGCUACCAGGAUGGGCAACCCAGUGGAACAUUUGGGCCUAUAAAUCCCAUUAAAAAUGAGACUUACAAAUUUAUACAGGAUUUGUUUUAUGAGCUCAAUUUGGUAUUUCCUGAUAAGUAUAUCCAUCUAGGAGGGGAUGAAGUAGAUUUCUCUUGUUGGAAAUCCAAUCCUGAUAUCACGAAGUUCAUGAGUGAACAUGGCUUUGGCACAGAUUACUGUAAACUAGAAUCUUACUAUGUUCAAAAAAUAUUGAACAUAGUGUCAGAGUCCAAGAAGGGCUACAUGGUCUGGCAAGAGGUAUUUGAUAAUGAUGACCAGAUUUACCCUGACACUAUAGUGGAGGUGUAUAAGGCAGAAAACUAUGAGGACGAAUUGUACAAGGUGACAGAUGUGGGCUUGUCUGCUAUCCUCUCAGCCCCCUGGUACCUAGAUUAUGUUAGCUAUGGCCAGGACUGGCAGAAAUACUACAGAGUUGAGCCGCUAACGUUUAAUGGGACCACCCAGCAGAAGCAGCUGGUGAUUGGCGGUGAAGCUUGUUUAUGGGGAGAGUUUGUGGAUGCUUCAAACCUCACGCCUAGAUUGUGGCCCAGAGCCAGCGCAGUUGCAGAAAGGCUGUGGAGUAACAAAGAUGUCACCUCAGUGGGGGAUGCCUAUGCCAGACUUGUCAAGCAUCGUUGCCGUAUGGUCAGGCGUGGAAUUCCUGCAGAGCCACUGUAUGUAGGAUACUGUGAGCAUGAAACCAAUUAUUAGACACAUGAAGCAAGAAGGAGGAAGCUGCAUUUUGGGAAAAAUAUAAUGUACCAAUCACAACAGGUUUUCUUUUCAUCUUGUAAGGCUAGAAACGCACAUGCAGUUGUGGUGGCCGUGUAAUGAGGCAGAAAUGGAUUCAAAGGGAACAGGAAAUAUAAAGGAAGGACUUGCACUUCUUCCCUCUGGAUCCACUAAUUAUUUUUACUUUUAAAAUAAUGUCAUCAAAAACUGUGUGCGCAUAUCUAAAAAAGUUGAAUUGUAAAACUUUAUUUACAGUUUCAUGUAAUAAAGUCUUUACUGUGAGG